AUGGAGCUGCUGCAGCUGGAACGCGAGCGCUCGCUGGCGCCCAGCCGGGCCAGCGGCGCUGACUCCGAGGCCGCCAAGCACCGGCCCAGCGUGUCCAUCAACGCGGAGGAGCUGCCGCGGUACCGGCGCGCGUCGCGCCUGGAGCCGCCGCGCGAUGCGGCCGCGCGCUGGUACCCGCGGCACGCGCUCAGCGUGCCCAACAUCCCCAACUCGGCGCGCAGCAAGACGCCCACGCGCAGCGUGGCGUCCGUGCCCGGCGGCGACGGGCCGCCGAGCCGCCGCUGCAAGCUCAUGGACGGCGAGCGCCUCCUGGGCCUGGGCAGCAAGCAGCAGCGCCAGCGCUACGUCACCAAGAUGGGCAAGUGCCAGGUGAACCUGGGCAACAUCCAGGAGAAGAAGCGCUUCCUCUCCGACAUCUUCACCACCAUCGUGGACCUCAAGUACCGCUGGUUCCUCUUCGUUUUCAUGAUGUGCUACAUUGUGACGUGGCUGCUCUUCGGCAUCAUUUACUUCGUGGAUGCUUGGCUCCGGGGCGAUGUCCACCACAUGGGCGACCCGGAGUGGAAGGCGUGUAUCGAGAACGUGGACAAUUUCCUUUCUGCCUUACUCUUCUCUGUGGAAAGUCAGAGGACCAUCGGCUACGGCUCCCGGAUGGUGACCGCCAACUGCCCCGAGGGCGUCAUUCUGCUCAUGGUGCAGUCCAUCAUCGGCUCCAUGAUCGACGCCCUCAUGGUGGGCUGCAUGUUCGUCAAGAUCUCCAGGCCCAAGAAGCGCGCCCAGACCUUAAUCUUCAGCAAAAACUGUGUCAUCUCGCACCGGGACGAGAAGCUCUGCCUCAUGUUCCGCAUCGGGGACCUCCGCGACAGCCACAUGGUCGACGCCAAGAUCAGGGCCAAGCUGAUCAAGUCGCGGCAGACCAAAGAGGGGGAGUUCAUCCCCCUGGAGCAGUCGGAGCUGAACCUGGGCUACGACACGGGCGAGGACCGGCUGUUCCUGGUGGAGCCGCAGAUCGUCUGCCACGUCAUCAACCAGCACAGCCCCUUCUGGGAGAUGUCCGCGGACUCGCUGAAGCGGGAGCAGUUCGAGAUCAUCGUCAUCCUGGAGGGCAUCGUGGAGGCCACAGGGAUGACGUGCCAAGCGCGCACCUCCUACACGGAGGACGAGAUCCUGUGGGGCUACCGCUUCGAGCCGUGCAUGUCCCUGGAGAAGGGCGCCUUCCGCGUGGACUACAGCCGCUUCGAGCUGACCUUCGAGGUGCAGACGCCGGCGGUGAGCGCGCGCGAGAUGCAGGAGCUGCGCGAGCUGGAGCGUGCCGAGCGCUCCACGCUGAGCCUCUACUGGGACCCGCUGGUGCAGGCGUGCGCGGCGGCGGGCGCCGAGGGCCGCCUCAGCAUCGCCAGCGCGCGCGACGAGGAAGCAGCAGCUGCGGCAGCUCGCAGGUGA